AUGCCUCCGCCGCCGCCGCCGCCGAUACAAUCGCUGCCGGACGAACUACUCGAGGAGAUCUUCUUUCGCCUCCCGCCGAAUGAGCCCGCGUGCCUCGUGCGUGCCUCCGUCGCCAACAAGCGAUGGCUCGGUAUUCUCUCCUGCCACGCCUUCCGUGGUCGCUAUCCUAAGUUCCAUGGAUCUCCUCCCAUGCUGGGGUUCCUUUAUUCCUGGCCCCUUGAGUUUCUCCCGAGGAAAGCCCCCUCCCCACGCUUCAUCUCCACCAUGAAAUUCGGUCAAGACAUUCCCGACAACCGCGGGGGUAACUAUAAAUACCCUGUGUGGGACUGCCGCCAUGGUCGCGUUCUCCUUCGGCAGAAUUGGGCGCCCACGCACCUUGUUGUUUGGGACCCAAUGACGGGUCGCCAAAGAAAGCUAAAAGUGCCCACGUCGAUGGGCUACGCCGAUGGGGCCACUGCACUCUUUUGUGCAGCGAGCGGCUGUGACCAUCGCGCGUGUCAUGCAGGGCCCUUCCAAGUGGUAUUCUUGGGCCUUGACAUGACAGAUGAUGACAAUUGUGUUGCACACGCACGUGUGUCCUCGCCGGUGACAGGUGACUGGAGCAAGUCGUGCUCUGAUGUUGAGUGGAGCGAUAUGUGCUCUAGUCUACAACUUGCACCUGAUGCACUCAUCGACUCAAUGCCAUCCAUCCUUGUUGAAAACGCACUUCACUUCAUGCUUACACAUGAUGAGGAUGAUAGUGUAGAAAUUCUCAAAUAUGACUUGAGCUCUAAUUGCUUAUCGUUGAUUGAUGCACCAUUGUCGGGGAUUGUAAUUAGCAGUUCCACUAUCCUCAUGGCGAUGGAGGAUGGAAGUUGGGGUUUGCGCAUGUGGACACAGUAA